AUGUUAUUGGAAAAAGAUAAUCGAAUAUUAACGAUAGCUAUGGAAUCAUUGGUGCAGGAUUUCGAACCACGUGAUGCUAUUCCAUUUAUGUGUUCGGAGGAAAUUUUCAGUGAUGAUCAACAAGAAGUUAUCCUUGGCAUGACAACACGCACGUUACGUGUGAUGGAAUUUAUUCGACAGUAUCGGAAAUCAGCGAACACCCUUAAUCCAUUAAUAACAUAUUUCGAAAAAUACGGACAGAAGCAUUUGGCGCAACUUUUAUCGAAGGACUACAUACCUGAAGAACGACCUCUGUUAGCGCCUAAUGUACUGGAAGAUCGACUUUUUCGGGAAGGAAAUGUGCCGAGACUACCUUUUUAUCGUGUGUUACGAGUAAAUCUUCUGGAAAAAUUAAAGAAUUUACUAAUCGAUUUAUCAUCGCAAGAUCAGUUUUGGCUUGUUGUUCAUGGGUUUCCUGGAUGUGGAAAAAGUUUUUUGGCUGCUACUGUUCUGCAUACUCAUCCAAUAUUACUAAGUCGAUAUUACGAACACGUUAUAUGGAUUGAGGAUGGCCGUACCAAUGCAAGUCAGCUACCUGAAGUUUUUUCAAAUUUCGUUUUUUUGGCGACCGAUGCAUUAGUUUUAACUGGAAAGGAAACCCCUGUUCAAUUUUUGCCGUUAGCCAAAACUGCGUUACGUGAGAAACCAAAUACAUUGGUAAUAUUGAAUGAUAUUUAUCUUCAAGAAACUGUGCGUUGGUUCGAUCAGCUGAAUUGCCGUAUUCUUGCAACAAGCCGUAACUUGGAAAUAUUCCAAGUAUCCUCUUCAAAUCCCAUAUAUUUUGCAGUUGAUCCACCUGGUUUUUCUUUGACGGAAACAGAGAUUCUGUUCCAACAAUUACACUCUUGCACUGCAAUGGCCUCAUCUUAUAAUGAACAUCUUUUUCAUAUUCACAAAAGAACGAUGGGCCUACCAGCUCUUCUCGGCAUAGUGAGACAACAAGCAUGCGAUAUUCACAAUGACUUCUAUAAUUUACGUUACUUAUUGAAUUAUCACGCUGUUACAACCAUAUCAAAUUUCACUUUCUACAAGUACAAAAAUAUGGUUGAUGCUAUCAUGGAGUCCUAUAAAUCUCUAACUAAACGUCAAAAAAUGAUUAUGGAAACUUUUAUCAUUUUUGGCUAUAGUCAGUGGAUACCGCUAGAGUUGGUUUCACUGUGUAUUCCGUUCGAUAUAUCUGGAGACCAAGAUAUUUUGUAUAUGGUAUUGCAAGAAUUAGAACCGUUGGUAAAAUCAUCAUUAUUGGAUAAAAGAAUUGCUGCUUUGGAUGGCAAAGUAGAUAAUGAUAUGCCGUUGAUGUAUGAUUUUCACAUCAAUCGUAUCAUGCAUUCCUUUCUUUGUGUUACAGUUGAUCGUCAAGCGAUUGAAGAUCGCCUUCGGUUAUUCAUCCGUCCUAGCGUUUUUUCAUUUUUGUUGAGACAUCGAUGUAUGGACUCGAAUUUCACGCAACGUAUUCGAUCUUACGUGGACCUUCGUCCAUCUUUAUUCCAAGAAGUAGUUUACGAAAACUAUAGCUCCCAAAUUGGAUUGGUCGGACAAUAUGUUGGAGAUGGUUCAUAUAUUUGGAAUAAUAACUGUUAUGACAACGAAUCUGAUGAUAAUCUGAUUGCAAGGAAGAAACCAAACAGUACUGCCAGAAAUUGGACUGAUAGCUGUAUUUUCAUGUGAGAACUCGGAAUUUCAGUACUUGGACAUUAAGCUUCACGAUAUAUUCCAGGAUACCUCCGAGAGUCAC